AUGUCCCUCGAAGACCAACAAUACCCAUCUUAUAAAGUGGUGGUUCUUGGCGAAUCUUCAGUGGGAAAAACUUCACUAGUUCAUAGAUUUACAUCGAACCGUUUCGAUAGUCGAACUUCCAACACUAUUGGGGCGGCAUUCACUACCAAAGUGCACAGUUCCCCAAACAAACCAGACAAGAAAAUCAAUCUUGAAAUCUGGGACACUGCAGGUCAAGAAAGAUAUAGAUCACUUACACCAAUGUACUAUCGAAACGCAAAGACGGCGUUGGUUUGUUUUGAUAUGGAUAAUGUCGAAUCGACUUUAGAUACUGCUAGGUUCUGGAUUCAACAGUUGGAGCUAAAUAACUCGUCCUCGACAGAGAAUAAAAUAGAAAUACGGCUUGUCGGAACAAAGGCAGACUUAGUCAAGGGAGAUAAGACAGCUUUGGAAGAUCAAGUACGUGAAUUCAUGGCAGAACACAAACUAAUCAGCACGUAUGAUGAGACGAGUUCUAAAAUUAACGAGGGAGUCAUACAACUAUUUACAAAUAUAGUGGAGAAUAUCAGCGACGAAUACGUUCGACUGUUUUAUGAGAACAAGGGUGAUGAUAAUGAUAUAAGAAACUUGCUUGGUCCAAGACAGAUGUCGAGCUGUUGCUAA